AUGAAUCAAAAAAUCGGAGUCCGUGUUGAAAUGCUGAAUUUGAUCUACGAAAACGAGACGACAAUCACGUCGACAGGACACCCGAGAUGUCGAUUGACACUGCAUAAGUCAGGCUGGGAUCGAGACACCUGUUCAAGUCCUCAAUUCAAACUUAAUGACACACUAUCCUGGUCAACAAGAGUGUGUUAUAAAUGGGUUUGUGAUACGACGAAAUACGCGAUGAGAGUGGAGAGUUGUUGGAUUGGCACUCCGAAAAUGCCGGUUUUCAUAGUGAGAGAUGAUGGGUGUACGAUUGAGAAGGCUAUUCUGACAUCUCCAGUUUAUACGUCGUUCAAUAGAGCCGCUGCAAUUGGGUGGAUGGCUGUUAGGCAGAAAAACAUGAAGUACAUGCACGUCGGUUGCACCAUUCGACUCUGCCAUCUCUGUGAUCCAGCUUGUCAGGAAAUUACGCCGCCACGAACAUGCAACGACUCCCGUGCGAAUGACUACGAGGCGAUGUGGAAUAGCUCGUCGAAAGUCAAAAAUCUGUGCUAUCCCUCUCCGUCAACUACAGAGAAUCCAGAUGGGGAAUCGAGCUCUGCGUGUUUUCUGAAUUUUGUAAAUGUUAUCAUUCUAAUACUUGUUCUUCUUUUCCGUUGA